GUGCGAUGCCCUCCCAAUUUCGCUUUUCUCCUCGUCCUCUACCUCUUACACAAACGCUACUGCUACUGCUCCGGCCGAUCAGUUUCCAGGGCGGCGAUGUUCGGGGAUUGUGGACUUGGAUUGCCUUCUUUUGGUCGUCACCGCCGCCUACGGGAUGGAUCUAACGAAGCCGACAGGGAACCCGUGCUUCUUGUUUCCGGCAUUGGGGGUUCCAUCUUGAACUCGAGGCAGAAGAAGAACGGAUCCCUUCUUCGAGUUUGGGUGCGGAUUCUAUUUUCAAAUUACGAGUUCAAGAAGUGCCUCUGGUCUAUCUACAACAAGAAGACAGGUUACACGGAGACGCUUAAUCCGGAUAUUGAUGUUGUAGUUCCCGAAGAUGAUUACGGGCUUUAUGCAAUUGACAUUCUUGAUCCUUCUUGGUGGGUAAAAUUGCUGCACAUCACUGAUGUAUAUCAUUUUCAUGAAAUGAUUGAAAUGCUCAUUGAUUGUGGCUACAAGAAAGGAACCACUUUAUUUGGAUAUGGUUAUGACUUUCGUCAAAGCAAUAGGAUUGACAAAGCAAUGGAUGGUUUGAAAAUGAAACUAAAAACUGCUUAUAAAGCCUCUGGUGGGCAAAAGGUGAAUGUAAUUUCGCAUUCUAUGGGUGGAUUACUUGUUCAGUGCUUCAUGUACCUUCAUAAAGAUGUGUUUGCGAAGUAUGUGAACAAGUGGAUCACCAUCGCCACACCUUUUCAAGGUGCUCCUGGUUGCAUCAACGAUUCACUUCUAACUGGUUUGCAAUUUAUUUAUGGCUUCAAAAGUUUCUUCUUUGUUUCUAGAUGGACAAUGCAUCAAUUGCUGGUUGAAUGCCCUUCCAUUUAUGAGAUGCUGCCCAAUCCAGCAUUCAAAUGGAAAGAACAACCUAUGAUUCAGGUCUGGAGAAAAUAUACUGAGGGUGAUGAGUCAGUUAAGUUGGAAGUGUACAAAUUAUUGGAAAGCUUUGAUUUGUUUAGAGGAGCUUUAAGAGAUAAUGAGCUUACGUAUAAUGGAAAAUCGGUUGCUCUUCCUUUCAAUCUUUCAAUCCUUAAGUGGGCGGCUGGUACCAGGCAAAUGCUUGACAAUGCAAAAUUACCAGACAGUGUCGACUUCUAUAAUAUAUAUGGAAUAUCUUAUGACACUCCACACACUGUUUGCUAUGGAUCUGAAGAAUCUCCUAUCGUUGACCUGCCAGAGAUAUGUCAUACGAUGCCUGAAUACUCAUAUGUAGACGGAGACGGGACUGCUGAGUCUGCAGAGGCCGAUGGAUUUAAUGCAAAAGCUAGAGUUGGUGUAAAAGGCGAACACCGGGCAUUGUUGAAAAAUGAAAUUGUUUUUAAACUAAUAAAGAACUGGUUGGGUUUGACGCAGCCAUCCCAACAAUCAGCACAUUUUCAGAAAAAAGUUAAAGUGGUGAAUGUUUUUCCUGAGCUGAUUCUUGCUAAAGAAAGCUGACAAUAAAGCUUCUAAAAGCCUACAUUAAUCACUCACUCCAAAAUAGUUGUGUGACUUUUUGGGUACUUCUUAGCUUCGCUGCACUCAUUGGACAUCUCUUGUGCCUGCUGCGGCGAAGAUUUGACCACAGGUGCUAUUAUUUGUAUUUUUCAGUAAUCUUCCCAGCAUCAACUUUAAUUUGCUUGAUAGCAUUAAAAUAAAUUAUUUGCUUUGCUUAUAUUGCAACCAGGAUAGUCGCUGUAAAAGAGAAGGUAUAUUUGGUAUUUUGGAAGUAUUAAAGAAGU